AAGAUCUUAAGAAAUUGGGAUAAUCCAAAAAUAAGGAAAAUGAAGCCCAAAUCUCUGCUCUGCCCAUCGACGACUUCCACUGCGCUCUGCGUCGACCACAAUUGUUCGCGGCGACAACAACCUGCCACCGCCACCUCCUCCAGAUCGCUGCCGGAUCCGCCAGGCGUCUUCGCCGCCGGAAGCCACCACAGCCGGAGCCAUCACCGCUACCGGCGUCGACAGUCAGAUCUUCACGACGCGGAGAGGGAGAGAGGGAGACGGAGAGCCGCCGGCCAGCUCCACCGCCGACGCUUGCUACCGCACGCCGUCGCUCGAUCGUCUGUCGCCGUCGCCGGAGAGGGAGACUGACAGGGAAGGCGACCCCAGUAAGCGGUUAAACUUGACUCAAAUACCAAUGGACGAGGUGGCGGAGGAGGUGGAGAAGGUGAAGAAAGAGUUUGAGGAAACAAGCAAAAAAGCAGCGGAUCACAUCAAUUCCAUCCAAGAAUACGGAAAAACGCGAGUAGGAUUAUCCUCAGCAACAGCAGAAGAGAAGAGUUCACUCCCGAGACUGAAUGGCAUUGCACAGGACAGCUUAAAUCUGCUCCAAUCACUUCAAUUCAAGCUUGAUCUCUUGGCACCACAGCUGCCCACUGAUGAUCAGGUCCAGGAUGCCCAGUUUUUGGCAGAAUCUUGGAAAAAGCUUAUUCAUAGCUUGAGGUUGAACCUGAGAAAUGCUAAUUUGCAAGCCAAGGCUAAUAUGAGGAAAGCCGCACAAGAAGAGAGAGAAUUGCUUCUAGGAGGUGGAGGAGAAUCAACAGUUCGGAGACGUAACCUACAGACAAAAGCUGGAAUGACAUCUGCAGCUGAAGGUAUCACAGAGAGUCUGCGCCGGACUCGCCAGAUGAUGAUUCAGGAGGUUGAAAGAAGUGAAAGUACUCUCAUGACUUUUGAGGAAUCAACAGUAGUGUUGAGAAAAGCUGAAAGCGAAUACAAGGGCCAUCGCUCAUUGCUGAUGCGAACCCGAAACCUUCUCUCCACAAUGCAACGCCAGGAUGUUAUUGAUAGGGUGAUUCUUGUUGUUGGGUUUCUUCUUUUCGCAUUGGCAGUUCUUUAUGUUGUUUCAAAGCGUAUUGGACUACUCAAGUUACAGCGGAAGGUAAUGGAAGCUGUGAAGAGUGGUAUGGCUGGGCAAGUGGAGAUUGUACCUAGGGCUGGAGGAGAUGGUGGUGCUAACAUUGUCCAGAUCCAACAGAAUGCUGUUCCUACUUUGAAUGUACCCUUGGAACAACAUAUGCAUGAUGAACUUUGAAGUUUCUUUUGCAAGUUUCGGUUCCAGUUUAUUCUUGAUUCUUGCAAUGCUCCUAUUUUUGGAACCAAUAGUUCUAGCUCCAAUAGCUCAGGUUAGAGUUUUGGUUCUGGUUUUUCCAGUGAUCAGGUUUUUGAUUUGAUCAAAUCCGAUGAAGCAGUGAUUGUGGAUGAAGAUGGUAAAGGGAUUUCUUGAGUAGUGGAUGGCUCUAUAGAUGAAUGAUGUGCGGAUGUGAUUAGUUUUGUAUUUAGGUGACAAAAGAUAGAUUAGUUUUGUAUUUUGGUGACAAAACAUAGAUUUUAUAUUGAUUGUGUCUGUUUAUUGCUUUGUUACUUGUUGGUGGAUCGUAAUUGUAGAAUUGGAUUGAGUUAGUGAAUUAGUAACAUCUGGUGUUAGUCACUC